AUGAGACAGCUAACAGAAGAAGAGACUAAGAUUGUCUUCGAGAAACUCGCCGGCUAUAUUGGUAGAAAUAUUUCGUUUUUAGUAGAUAAUAAAGAACUUCCUCAUGUUUUCAGGUUACAAAAGGAUAGAGUAUAUUACGUACCUGAUCAUGUUGCCAAAUUGGCUACUAGUGUAGCAAGACCUAACUUGAUGUCUCUAGGUAUUUGUUUGGGUAAAUUUACGAAGACUGGAAAAUUCAGGUUACAUAUUACUUCUUUGACAAUAUUGGCUAAGCAUGCGAAAUAUAAGAUAUGGAUUAAACCUAAUGGAGAAAUGCCAUUCCUAUACGGUAACCAUGUGUUAAAGGCACACGUAGGUAAAAUGUCUGAUGAUAUACCAGAGCACGCCGGUGUCAUUGUGUUUGCUAUGAAUGAUGUUCCAUUAGGUUUCGGUGUCAGUGCGAAAAGUACUUCUGAGUCAAGAAACAUGCAACCCACUGGUAUAGUUGCUUUCAGACAAGCUGAUAUUGGUGAAUAUUUGAGAGACGAAGACACCUUGUUCACUUAG